ACAUCUAUGAUUUUGUGUCAUCAGAUUAGACUUGGUGUGGGCGUGGCGUGCCUGGUGGGUGUGUUGAUGGUGUUUUGGGGGUGCGCCCUAGGAGGCUACUUCCCUCAUUCCCCCCACACCACCUUCCUCCAUGUCUGGUUCAUUUUCGUCUUCGUCUUCGCCUUCUGCAUCGUUCUUGUUAUUGUGGCCACCGCCUGGGGUGUUCAGGGCACCGCUCGUCUCCCCACUUCAGCCUCAAGGCGGCUGACCAUGGUGUACCCUGAGGAGGGCAAGAGGACCCCCGGCAGGAGGGGCGAGGGGUCUUACUACGAGCGGCAGGAGCAGCUGCGACGGGAACAAGCCUCCAGACCCCUCGUAGUGAGGGUCAACUCUGUUGCGAUACUUCUGCUGGGGCUGGCUGGCCUCUCCUUCCUCAUCUGGUACAUCACUACAGCUCUGAUUCAAUAUUGAGGCUCUAAUAAUAAUAAAGAUUGCCCCUCGUGUGUAACGAGGAUGGCCGGCCCUAGGGCCAACUAGGCGUGAAUUUGUUUAAGGUGUAG